UCUAUGUAUUUCCGGUUAAAAUUUCAUUUCCGUUUCACGCCAAAACUCUUCAAAACAAAGAAGGAUAAAUAAUAUAGAAAAGUAUUAAUAAAAUUAAGAAAAUAUAUUAAAAUAAUAAUAAAAAUUACCAAAAUGACUAAGAUGUAUGUACUGAAACGCGAUGGGCGACAAGAAGAUGUUUGUUUUGAUAAAAUCACAUAUAGAAUACAAAAAUUAUGUUAUGGUUUAAAUAUGAAUUAUGUUGAUCCUUCUGCGAUAACAUUUCGUGUAAUCCGUGGCUUAUACUCUGGUGUUACUACUGUUGAACUAGACAACCUUGCAGCUGAAAUUUGCGCAACUAUGACUACUCAACAUCCUGAUUAUGCUAUUUUAGCUGCUAGAAUUGCAAUAUCUAAUCUUCAUAAAGAAACAAAGAAGGCUUUCAGUGAUGUAAUAGAAGAUUUGCGAAAUGUAGUAGAUCUAUAUACUAAGGAGUCCAAACCUAUUAUCAGUGAAAAGUCUUAUAAUAUCAUAAAGAAACAUGCAAGCAAGCUAAAUUCUGCAAUUAUUUAUGAAAGAGAUUUUAAUUAUAAUUAUUUUGGAUUUAAAACUUUAGAAAGGAGUUACUUAAUGAGAACUAAUGGCAAAGUUGUAGAGAGACCACAACAUAUGUUAAUGAGAGUAGCUGUUGGAAUUCAUGAAGAAGAUAUUGAGAAAGUUAUUGAAACAUAUAAUUAUUUAUCAGAACGCUAUUUUACACAUGCUUCUCCAACUUUGUUUGCUGCAUGCUCUAUAAAACAACAAUUGUGCAGUUGUUUUCUUUUAACCAUGAGCGAAGACAGUAUUGAAGGAAUUUAUGAAACUUUAAAAAAAUGUGCUUUAAUCAGUAAAUGGGCUGGUGGUGUAGGAUUAAGUGUACAUUGCAUUAGGGCAAAAGGUACACCUAUAGCUGGUAACUGUGGUGAAGCAAGUGGAUUGAUUCCUAUGCUUAAAGUAUAUAAUGAUAUGGCCCGCUAUGUUGAUCAAGGUGGAAAUAAAAGACCAGGAGCAUUUGCUAUAUAUAUAGAACCAUGGCAUGCAGAUAUAUUUGAAUUCCUAGAUCUCAAGAAAAAUACUGGAAAAGGAGAGCUUAGGGCAAGAGAAUUAUUUUAUGCUUUAUGGAUCCCAGAUCUGUUUAUGAAACGUGUUUUGGAUGAUGAUGUUUGGAGUUUAAUGUGUCCACAUGAAUGUCCUGGUUUAGCAGAUGUUUGGGGAGAAGAAUUUAAUGAUUUAUAUACUAGGUAUGAAGAACAAAAAUGCUAUAAACGUCAAAUUAAUGCAAGAGAUUUAUGGACUGCUAUACUUAAAUCCCAAGUUGAAACUGGAACACCAUACAUGCUUUAUAAAGAUCAUUGUAAUCGUAAAUCGAAUCAACAAAAUAUUGGAACGAUUAAGAGCAGCAAUUUGUGCACAGAAAUUAUUCAGUAUUCAAGCCCUGAUGAAAUUGCUGUAUGUAAUUUAGCGUCAAUUGCUGUAAAUAUGUUUGUUGAAAAAAGUACAAAAACUUAUAAUUUUGAAAAACUAAAAGAAAUAACUAAAGUUGUGGUUCGUAAUUUGGAUAAAAUUAUUGAUGUUAAUGAUUACCCUCUUCCAGAGGCAAAAGUCUCUAAUUUAAAACAUAGACCUAUUGGUAUUGGAGUACAAGGUUUAGCAGAUGCCUUCCUGUUAAUGCGCUUUCCAUUUGAAAGUGAAGAGGCUCAAAAACUUAACAUUCAAAUUUUUGAAACAAUAUAUUAUGGUGCAUUAGAAGCUAGCUGUGAAAUUGCUCAAGAGAAAGGCUAUUAUGAUACAUACGAAGGAAGUCCUGUUAGCAAAGGAAUUCUACAAUAUGAUAUGUGGGAUGUUACACCAACAGAGUUGUGGGAUUGGAAAGUAUUGAAAGAAAAAAUUGCAAAAUACGGUGUAAGAAAUUCUUUAUUAAUGGCACCAAUGCCAACUGCAUCUACAGCACAAAUUCUUGGCAAUAAUGAAUCAAUAGAGCCAUAUACAAAUAAUAUUUACUCAAGGCGUGUUUUAUCUGGAGAAUAUCAAAUUGUCAAUCCUCAUUUAUUGAAAGAUCUUAUUGAAAGAAAUCUUUGGAAUGAUGAAAUGAAAAAUGAAAUUAUUGCAAAUAAUGGUUCUAUUCAGGAUAUUAAUGAUAUACCAGACGAUUUAAAAUUACUUUAUAAGACUGUUUGGGAAAUAUCACAAAAAACUAUUCUCAAAAUGGCAGCAGAUCGUGGUGCAUUUAUUGAUCAAUCACAAUCUCUAAAUGUUUAUAUGGCUAAACCAACAGUAGAGAAACUUACAUCCAUGCAUUUUUAUGGCUGGAAAAUUGGAUUAAAAACUGGUAUGUAUUAUUUGCGUACAAAACCAGCUGCAAAUGCGCUUCAAUUUACCGUUGAUAAAACCAAAUUAAAUAAGGCGAAUAAAAAUUCUAAAGAUGAUUCGCACAAUUCAAGUAUUAAGAAUGAAAAAAUGGAUAAAAGUUUAUUAAAAUCAGAAGAAAAUGAUUCUAAAGAGAACGACACUAAUGAUGCAAAUUCAAUACUUAUAUGUUCUCUUGAAAAUGGUGAUGCUUGUAUGGCUUGUGGAUCGUAAUAAUCUAGAUACGUAUAUUUAGUAUUAUAUUUUUAUAUUUUGAUUGUUAUGUUUAUACUACUAAGUAGAUAUAGUUACAUAGAAUGAGAUCUAUAGUUUUGUGUAUUUUUGGGAAGACUUUUAAAAAGUUUUCAUUUUAUAUAUUUUAGACGUAUAAGUAUAUUAUAAGAAUUUAAUUCUAAUAUUUUUUUAUUAUAUAGAUAUUGUUUUGUUAUUGUCAUAUGCAUGAAAACAAGAACGAAUAAAAUUUUUAUCGGCAAAUAAAAAUACACAUUUUAAAUUUAA